AUGCCGGACGAAAAGCCGUGUCGCUUGUCGUUCAGCAUAUCCUCCACCUACGAUGACAGCCCCUUCGGCCUUCCGGAGAGCCCAUGGACCUCUACACCAGGCAGCUUAUCGAACGAGCCGCAAUCGAAGACAGUCUUCCUCGUUCGUCAUGGUGAGGCUUUGCACAAUGUCGCAGAAAAGUCUGCCGUGCAACAGGCACUUGCCGAGCAAGGCCAGAUCAACGAUAAUGACCAGCACCAAGAGGCCAUGGAGACCGCCCGGAAAUCUGCGUUGAGCGACGAAGGUUUGAAGGACGCUCCGCUGUCCGCCAAAGGGCAGGAACAGGCCGUGGCCACCGCGGCAACCAUCAUGAAGAUGUUGCUCGACGAUGCCGAUUUAAAGCCGCCGGAAGCAAUCUUCGUGUCGCCCUUGCAGCGCGCGCUCCAGACAGCAGCGGUAAUGUUCCCCACCCACAGCCGCGUCCACGUCCGCAAUCUCCUUCGCGAGCGAUGCACCGGUUUUCCCUGCGAUGAGAGGCGCACUCUUCUGGAUCGGAUUUGA